AUGUACUCGAAGAUCCAUUUGACUUUUGCUUUGCGUCAAACACUCCUCGUUUUCGAAAAUUCCCGUGACAACAACCACAAAAAGAUGCCUAGCGUUUUUGAGCUAGAGUUCACCUACUACAAGGAUGCAAAGGAAAAGCUGAACAUCACCGCCGUCGACACGCCGCAAAAUCUCCUCGAUCGAUCGACGUUUCACGAGGAAUGGAAAACGGAUCUCUACUUGAAGGAUUUUUACACAAAAGUCGAGGACUCGGCUAUGCAAAUGGUGUUGACGUUUUUGCCAGUGGUCGUGCAAAGGAUUGGACCUGUGAAAAGGGUGAUCGAUUUUGGAGCAGGACCCACAAUUCAUGUGUCUGUCUGCUUCAGGAAUACGGCUGAUGAGCUCUACCUUGCCGACUAUCUACCGCAGAAUCGAAAAGCGCUUCAAGAAUGGUUUGACGAGAAAAUGGACUUUGAUUGGUCUGUUCCACUAAAAAUCAUUGACACACGAGAGGGCGGAAACUGGUCAAACAUCAAAAAUAUGGAGCCAGCAGCAAGGAAAAAGGUGAAAGGAAUCUAUCAUUGUGAUUGUUUUGAAGAUCCAGCGAUCAAGUGUUCCGAGGAUUUACAAGGGACGUUUAAUGUUCUUGUCACAAUUUUCUGCGUUGAGUACUGUUGCAACACGUUUGACGAGUACAAAGCCUCGAUCAAGAAUAUGAGUCGACAAAUCGCGCUCGGUGGAUAUUUGGUGAUGGGCGGCGUUUUCGAGGAGACGUGGUGCUCGUUUGGUGGACGAAAUUUCACGUGUCUCUACAUUACUCAAGAAAUGAUGAUGGAAGCAUUUAAAGAGGCUGGUCUUUCCAUGGAAAACGAUAAGGCUUGCGUGCUUUAUGAGGUAAACGGAAUGUACAUGGUGGUGGCGAAGAAAAUCGAG